AUGUUAGAAAAAUUUGGUUUCACUCAAGUCAAACAUGCACGCACUCCUAUAGGCACCACCUCUAAACUGAAUAAAGAUGAAUCUGGUGACCCGGUAGAUCCAACCCUGUACCGUAGCAUGAUAGGAAGCCUGCUGUAUCUCACAGCUAGUCGUCCUGACAUUUCCUUUAGUGUUGGUCUAUGUGCUCGUUAUCAAGCCAAUCCUAAACAGUCUCAUCUUACUGCUGUCAAACGUAUUUUUAAAUAUCUUGCAGAGACUAUCGAAUUUGGUUUAUGGUAUUCAUGUGAUACAAAUAUGUCCCUGGUGGGGUAUAGUGAUUCUGAUUGGGCAGGAUCUCUAGAUGAUAGGAAAAGUACUUAUGGGGGUUGUUUCUAUAUAGGGAACAAUUUGGUCUCUUGGUUUAGCAAGAAACAACAUUCUAUUUCACUCUCCACUUGUGAGGCAGAGUACAUUGCGGCUGGCACCUGUUGUACUCAGCUCAUCUGGCUCAAUAAGAUGCUCACUGAUUAUGGCCAUCCCUAA